AUGACGGUUGAAGAUUAUUAUACUACUUUGAUAGAAUUCUAUGAUGAUCUCCUUUGCCUCAAGCCUCCCAAUGGAUGUGAAUCUGGGUCUUGUGCGUGCAAUGUUGCUGCAAACAAGCCUAACCCGUCUACUGCUGCUCCUGCUCAUCCCAGUCCAGUUGUGCGUGCCAAUGCUGUAGGCAGCAUAGCGAGUGAUUCCUCUUCUUCAAGUCAGGAUAAUACCCCUGUUCUCUCUGCUCUGUCCGAACUCCAACCGGAACAUGUUAAAAUUUUAUUAAAUAUAAUUAAUCAUCGUCAGCAAGAUAAGAUGAUUGGUGAGUAUUUUUCUCUAUCUUGGAAUAUCGACACGGGCGCCUCUCAUGUGACAAGAGAUGAGUCGUACCUCACUGAUGUGCAAUCUAUUUCUCCUUGCCCUGUUGGUCUUCCGGAUGGUGCACAGGUCGUAGCAACGAAGGAAGGGCGUGUGUAUUUGGUUGACGGAAUUACUCUUGCACAUGUUUUAUUUGUUCCCAAGUUGAAAUGCAAUUUAAUUUCGGUGUCUAAAAUGAUUGAUGAUUCGCAUUGUUUUGUCCGAUUCACUUACUCUUUAUGUGCUAUACAGGACCAACACUCGGGGAGCCUGAUUGGAGGCGGUGAACGAAUAGAUGGACUCUGUUAUUUUCGGCGAAUUCCUAAAGUAUGUGCAAUGACAGAUCUGAAGGUUUCUACAUUCGAACUAUGGCAUCGUCGUAUGGGGCAUCCAUCGGAUAGAAUUAUCAAGUUAGUACCUGCUAUUAGUACUAGUUCUGGUAGCAAAUCUUUGAAUAAAGCAUGUCAAGUUUUUCCGCAAGCUAAACUAUCACGGGAUAGUUUUCCUAAUAGUGAUAGUAGGGCUAGUCGUAUUUUUGAAUUGAUACAUUGUGACUUGUGGGGGUCAUAUAAGACAUCUUCUACUUGUAAUGCUCAUUAUUUUUAUAUUAUUGUUGAUGAUAUUUCGAGAGGUGUUUGGGUUUAUUUGUCGAGUGACAAAACUGAAGUUUACUCUUCUUUUUGCUCUUUCUUUGCUAUGAUUAAAUGUCAAUUUGAUGUGACUGUCAAGUGUGUGCGGAGUGACAAUGGUACAAAAUUCAAACAUAUGCUCUCAUAUGUUAAUGAACAUGGCAUUCUUUUUCAAACUUCUUGUGUUGGUACUCCACAACAAAAUGGCCGUGUUGAGCGUAAGCAUCAACAUAUCUUGAAUGUAAGUCAUGCUUUGAUGUUUCAAGGCAAUCUUCCGAUUGGUUUUUGGGGUGAAUGUGUUCUUGGGGCAGUGUGUUUAAUUAAUCGUACUCCUUCUCAUCUAUUGGCUAAUAAAACACCUUAUGAGAUUUUAUUUGGCAAAGAGCCCAAUUUUGAUGAGUUACGGGUGUUUGGUUCUCUUUGUUUCGUUCAUAACCAAAAGGCUAAGGGUGUUAAAUUUGCACCUCGUAGUCGAAAAUGUGUAUUUGUGGGUUACCCUCAUGGCAAGAAGGGUUGGAAAUUAUAUGAUCUUGAAAAAGGUGAAAUUUUUGUCUCACGAAACGUCAAGUUUCAUGAAAAUGAAUUUCCGUUUGAACUUGAUAAUGCCUCGAACGCCACUCAAGUUGAUACUGAUGAUAUUUCUAAUCAUAAUGCUGGAGUCGACCUUGAUUUUCUUGACGUUCUAGAGCAUAUUUUAGAGGUGGGAGAAGAUGCUCUCACACUCGGCACUCACGACAAUCUGGACCGUAGGUCACCUGCGACACAUAGCCCAUACCGCAGCUCCCCCACGGCAGCACCUGCUUCCCAGGCUGCUGGUGCAUCUGACCGCAGGCAUAUUGCGGCACCCAGCACCUCACACAUCCCUCCUACUGUACCUACUGCCCCUGUCAUUGGUCACAGACCGGACAGCAGCUCCGAGGCUGCACCGGAAUCUCCUAGCAGCUCUGUUACUCUAGAAUUAGAUCGUGGUCUUCGAGAACGACACCCUUCGGGUUGGCACCGUGGUUAUAUCGCACAUACUAUCUCUAUCUUGAGUCCAUCUACUUCUCAAAGUUCAUGGUCUACUCCAUGCUCCUCAGGUACUCCCUAUUCUUUAACAAAUUUUGUAAAUUAUGAUAAAUUCUCCUUGCGACACCGUGCUUUUAUUGCAGCUGUAGAUACGGUAGUUGAGCCUCGUAAUUUCAAAGAGGCUAUGCAAGAUGAGGGGUGGAGAGAGGCGAUGCAAAAAGAAAUAUCCGCCUUGGAAGAUAAUGAAACUUGGAUAAUGGAAGAAUUACCUGCGGGAAAGAAAGCUCUCGGGUGCAGAUGGGUUUACAAGGUCAAACUUAAUUUCGAUGGGACAAUUGAAAAAUUGAAGGCUCGUCUUUUUAUAUUCGGUAAUCAUCUGGUUGAAGGUAUCGAUUAUAUUGAGACAUUUGCUCCCGUGGCUAAAAUGGUCACCAUUCCUGCUUUUCUGGCUGUUGCUGCUGCGAAAAAAUUGGGAAUUGCACCAAAUGGAUGUCCAUAA